AUGAAAGAAACUACCCCGCUUCCCAGCCCUGAUAGCUCAACGCUUCCUAAGGAGAGGUCGCAGAUUCUGAGGUGCUGGGCCGUGCACUUCAAAAACGUCCUAAAAUGCUCCUUUACAAUUCUUGACGCCGCUAUCUACCGGCUCUCUCAAGUGGAAACCAACAUGGACCUUAAUUUCCAGCACUCACUUUCGGAAACCAUCCGCCUCGGCCAAGAAUUAUCCAGUGGGAAAGCACCAGGCUGCGAUGCGGUCCCAGCUGAAACCUACAGGCACGGCGGCCAACGUCUGAUGGACCAACUCACGAAGCUGUUCCGAGAAAUAUGGCGACAGGGACAGGUUACUCAGAACUUAAUAGACGCGAACGUCGUCCCUCUGUACUAGUGGAGAGGGAACCGGCAACUCUUUAAUAACCACAGAGACACAUCACUACUCAGUAUGUCUGGGAAGACCUUCGCUCUCCUUUUUUUAAAUUGUCUUAACGGCCACCUCAAGCAGGAAAUUCUGCCGGAAGGCCAGUGUGACUUUGGACGACACUGAGACAUCACCAAUAUGGUGUUCGCAGCUCGCCAGCUAUAGGAGAGGUGCCAGGAAAUGCGAACUCACAUCUUAACUUCUUUUGUGGACUUGACGAAAGCCUUUGAUACGGUGAAUAGCGAGAGAUUGUUGAAAAUCUUGCAAAAGGCGGCUUUCCUGAAUGAUUUAUGCUUAUGGUACGUCUUAUCCACGAUUGGAUGAUAGCACAUCACGGACAACGGCGCGAUAUCUGACGCAUUCGCAGUGACCAACGAAGUGAAGCAGAGCUGUGUCCUCGCGCCCGCCCUCUACAGUCUCAUUUCCUCCGCCAUGCCGAUGAACGCCUACCGUGAUGAGCGCCCUAAGAUACGCCUGGCCUACAGACGUGAGGGGCAGACGCAUGUAGGUCCCGCGCGACUACCUACGGCUACCGUCCACGACCUGCUCUUCGCCGACGACUGUGUGCCUAACACCACGACCGAAGUCGACAUGCAACGGAGUGCGGGCUUCUUCACCGCCGUGCGUGCCAACGUCGGCCUGACGAUCAACACGGACAAAACAGUGGUCAUGUACCAACCGUCACCGAACGCUGAAUACAACUUUCCUCGAAUCACUGUCAAUGGCAACCGACUCGAAACCGCUGACAACUUCGGCUAUCUAGGAAGCACACUUUCGCGCAGCAUUUAA